AUGGUCCGCUUUGCUAUUGCCGCUGCUUUGGCUUUUGCUAUGUGCUCUGUGGCACUUCCGGCUGGCGACUCAGGCGUCUCAGGAGGUGGGGAACCUCUGGCUCCUAACUUGCCCGUCACUACUAGCGACUCGGCCGACUCUACAGAUAAAGAGACAGGCCAAGAUUCAGAUCUGGCACAGGCAGACGCAAACUUUGCCAAAAAUAUGGGAAUAUUUGUAGAAUCCGUCUCGAAACUGAUGAAGGAUGAUAAGCAAGGUCAAGACGCUGCAGUGCUUCCGGAGCAGAUCCUAGUGCAGGAAAAAAAGGACCUGAAUUAG